AUGUUGAAAUACACCAUCAGGAGGCAGAUGAUCAAACUUGCGGUAUACGAACAGAUAAUCGCGCGACCAAGCAACACGAUCGAAAAUGAGUGUACGUCAAUUAUCAAGGCCAGACAGCAGAUCUUGCAGGCAACGCUCAAGGCCAAUCAAAAACGAUACACGAAUAUGGUGGUGAUGUCUCCCAUGAAACAUCUACCCCAAUACUAUCACGUACCGGCAAUCUCAAUCUCAGAACUAUCACGAUUCACGUCCACUGAAGUAAAAGCCUUUGAGGAUGUUACCACUAUCCAUCUCUCACUCGUCCAACUCACUGUCAAUCGCGCUGCCUUAGAGCAAGAGAUUCGAAACAUCAGAUCGAAGGAACGAAGGCAAACCGAGCCUGUCAAGUGGAUAGAUGCUGUGGAAGAUGCCAAUGAGAUACAGGAUAUUAAGAGCAUCAUCAAGGAGUGUGGAGACACAAUGCGGGAGCAUGAGUCCUGGAUCAUGUCCCUUCGUUUGAACGCGUGGGCAGCGACAAACGCGGCGAACCGUGUGGCUAAGAGUGACGUCGGGAUGCCUAGGAUCAGUACACGAUCUCCUUCACCUGCACCCGCAGCCAUCGCUGCUACCCCUUUGUCUGCACCCACUCCAGCCACUACUGCGUGUGACAUAGUUAUCUUCGAGCCCGUCAAAAUCGCCUCUGUUCAGGUUGCGGUCGCAGAUAUACCUCCUGAAGUUAAAGCCGCCGCGAAGGAUAUCAAAGCCCGUAAGGCUUCAAAUGUUGUAGCAACUGUCCCAAAAAGCACGACUGCUAUCACCAAAGUGGAAAAAACGCUCUCGAGUAUCACGCUGUGCGCGGCAAGAAAGCAAUACGCCAACGUCAAGAACGUAGAGCGAACAAAAUUUGUUGUUGGCGACAUCGGCUGGUUUCCCAUUCUACGCCCCUCUGUAUCUAAGUCUUCAUCCGACAUCUAUACCGAGUUCGGCAACAUCUGCGCUAAAUCAUAUCCACUCAUCAUUGUGGAAACGCUGGAGGAUUGCAUGCUAGGUCUUGUCAUCUCCACAUCGAACGGAAAUGGCUUGCGCCUAAAGUGCGAUGCUGUGAAAAGCCGAAGUGCUCUCCUCGUCAGUGAAACAUCACGGAAUUCUACCUUUUCUGACUGGGGCCAAGAAUUAAUUCCUAGAAAGAUGCUUCGGGUCAAGUGUUCCAGCGAAUAUAGCCCGGCCGCGGGCGCUUACGUUGACAUGCUGAAUGUAAUUAUGAUACCCUAUGACACAAGGUUCCAGAAAAAAGGGUAUCUGAUUAUGGAAGACGUUCUUGUUCUUCAAAGGAUGAGACUCUCAGCGGUGCUCGCAGCAUCUGGAGCUGGAAAACUGGGAAGUAUACCCAACUUUUGGCAGUGGUUGGGACGAUGGUAUCAAAAAUGGUGCAAGGCAGCGUAG